AUGAACGCUCUGUGUGCGUAUAUGUUUGUGUAUUUGUGUGUAUGUUGUGUAUGUGUGUAUGUGUUGUUUGUGGUGGAAGACCGACUGCAAACUUAUGAUGAAGUUGAAGUUGAUGAUGAUGAUGACGACGACGAAGAUGAUGAUGAUAUUUUUGAUCGACGAACAAAACAAAAACCACCAACAACAAACAACCAAAUAGCUGCACAACAAUACCAAGAAGUGUUUUGUUGUUUAAUGAAAGGGAAGGAAGCGUAA